CCGUGUGAGCCAAGUGAAUUUGACGCGUUUUCUCUUCUGAGCGCCUCUCUGGAUUACGUGCAAAUUAUUCAUUUUUUAUUCAACGAGUUUUUACAAUGUUAAUUUUUCGAUACCUUUUUGAACAAUGCGCCAAAUUUCUGGCACAUAAAGAUCCACGACUGCAACACCUGCCAUUCACAUCGGUUGGAAGUUUCAUCAUAGUAGUGGCAUUGUAUUUAUUCUUCGUACUAAAAUGGGGACCAAAUUUCAUGAAAAAUCGAAGACCGUAUAACCUCAAGCCGAUUUUGCUCUUUUAUAAUGCCUUUCAAGUGUUUUGCAAUUUCUCCAUUUUUGUAUAUGCAAUUUACCAAAUCAAUAUGUCGGGAUACAAGAUAAAUUAUUUCUGCGAGGAACUGGACUAUUCAGAUAGUUGGAUUGGUACGCAAUCGGCAAUGGGAUCUUAUUUCUAUUUUUUGACCAAAAUUCUCGACCUUCUCGAUACGGUAUUCUUUGUGUUGCGGAAACGAACUCGACAAAUUUCAUUCUUGCAUGUGUAUCAUCAUAUGCUCGUUUAUGUCGGCGGUUUUGCUUUCAUAUCAAUGGCACCAGGUGGUCAUCUGUGGUUAUUUGCUGUUUUAAACUUAUUCGUCCAUAUCAUUAUGUAUUCCUACUACUUUGGUACUGUAUGCAGCGAAAACCUAAAAACAAAUAUCUUCAUAAAACGUUCCAUCACUCAAAUGCAAAUCAUUCAAUUCGUGUGUACGAUAAUCCAUCUGUGUUUGCCGUUUUUCGUCCAAGAUUGUGGCUACCCACGAUCACUGUUAUACGUCGCCAUUUCACAAGCUGUAAUCAUGCUAUUGCUGUUCUCGGACUUCUACUACAAAACCUACAUAAAAUCAAAACCAAAUUCACCGAAUGUCAAAUCCAGCUGAAGAAUUUCAAAGCUCAAACCAAGGCAAAUGUGUUUUAAUAAGAUAAUCAAUUGUUCAUGCAGUGUCAAUGCAAUAAAUAUUCCGAGUAUAAUUUUGAAAA